AUGUCAAACACAGACUCAACCUUUUGUGCUGCUGAUUAAUAAGCAUAUUUAGGUGAAAUACAUGAGCUUUUAUUAAAGGCAUAGUAAAGAAUUGGAUAUUUUAAUAAUAUUGAUCAUGAUAUAUUAUGCGAAUGGGUGAGAAAAUAUAAUGAAUGUCAGAAUCAGAUAAAUGAAUCUAAAAAUAUGAAUUAAGACACAUAACAGAUUUAACAUAUUUCACAAACACUCUAAAAUCUUAUUAGUACUAUUGAAAUUAUAGAAACUGAAGGAAUGCUUUUAGUGGGGAAUUUUAAACCCUGGAUGAGUGGAGUUGGUAUGAUAAAAUUUCCUUACGGGUAUACAAUCUAUGGAAAAAUCGAAUUUGGAAUUUUAAAUGGAUAAGGAAUUAUUGAAAUCGAUUAAAAGAAUACAAGAUUGAUUGGAACUUUUUGUAAAAAUAAAUUAGAAGGAAAUGGAACUAUUAUUGUUAAAAAUCAAUAUCAAAUUAAUGGAAUGUUUGAAAAAGGAAAAAUCGUAUCAGGAUAAAUCUAAAUAAAGUAUCUUAAAGGAUCCGAAAUUCAGUAUUACAUAUGAAUUAUUAUAGAGUUUAAGCAUAGUUAAAUAUAAAUGGCGAUAAUAUCAGACUUGAUGACAGAGAAUAAUUAAGGAAAAAUAUCUCUCUCAGCAAUCUUGAGUUUAAAAAGCCUGAUAAUAUACAAUACAAGGCCUCCGAAUUUCUAUUAGGAUAAAAUAGGCAAAGUUCUUUUACUCUAUAUCAAAAUGAGUAAUUACAGAGAGAAUAUAGGGAUGGAAAAUUAUUUUACGGAUUUGGUUAGAUUCAAGAGCCCAACAACAUUUAGUUAAUUGGAAAGUUUGAAAACAGCGCACUAUUUGGAUUUGGAAGAUUAAUUGAUAUAAAUAAUAACUUGUAUAAAAUUAAACAAUAUAUAGAUUGUUGGAGGGAGAGUUUUCAAAUAGUAUUAUGAUCCAUGGUAAGAAAUAUCACUUAAAAUCUAACAUAUUGUAAGUUCUUAAUUUAUACAUUAGAUAAGAGGAGGGAUAAUUCAAUAUAAGAAUAUAAUUGUCUGGAAAGGGAAAGCGAUAUUUUGAUAACGCAGAUUUUACGUAAAAAAUUUAUAAAAAAGAAUAGAGAAGAAGAAGGUAUAUUUGAGAAUGGAUAAUUAAAUGGGGAAGGUAUUAGAUACUACAAAAUUAAUGAAUAGGUAAUAAAUAUAAGAGACUUUUAGCAAAAUUAAAUAAAGGAGAUGGGACAUUUUAAUCAUGGAAUUUUGAUCAAAGGUACAAAGUUCUAUUAAAAUGGUAAAAUGUAAAUUCUAAAAUAUAAAUUUAAGAAUGGAGAAAGGUGAAUUUAAUGAGUAGGGACUAAUAAAUGAGGGAGAAAGAAGGCAUUCCAAUGGUUAUAUGUAGUUUAAUUUAAUUAUUUCAUAGAAAUGAAUAUGGUAUAUUUUUGGAUGGGAAAUUACAUUCUUAGGAUGAUAAAUCUGGGAGAGCAAAUGAAAAUGGGACCAUUAUUGAAGUUGGAUAUUUCAAAAAUGGGUAACUUGAUGGAGAAGGAGAAAGAAGAUACCCUAGUGGAAAAAAGUAUAAAAAAAAGAAUUAUCAUUUAGAAAGGAAAUUGGGAAGUUUUCAGAAGGAUAACUAAAUGGAACUGGAAAAAGAUAUUAUGAUAAUGAAGAGAAUACUUUAGAGGAAGAAGGAAUAUUUGAAUGUGGUAGGUUACACAGCUAAACUACUCUCGCUAAAUAGUAUUACUAGGAUCGAUCUUUAAGAAGCUGUGGAUUAUUUUAGAAUGGAUUGCUUAAAUCAAUAGAUGGAGCUCUAUACUUCAACGAAUACGAAAUGAAGGGUGUUUUUGAAAAUGGUCAAGUGAAUGGAACAAUGAAGAUCAUUAAUUCAAAAACUAAAAAGGAGCAUAUAGAAAAUCAUUUAUAAAGCAAUGAAACAUUUUUAAGAGCAGCUCAUAAAGCUGGUGUAUAUUUAGGUUCUUAAUUCAACACGGAGGCCUAAUAAAGUGACAAGAGAAUAUGAU